UCAUUUUGUAUGAUCUAUUUUUGACGCUGAUACGUUUAUGUUUGGUUGAAAUUACUAAAACUUGGUUAGCUUGGUUCUCAGAUUUUUACAAAAUCAGUAUUAUACUAGAUGAAUUCAAAUGCCCACAGAAAACAGGUUAAAAUACUGCAGUGGGGGACAUGGCGAACGAUGAGCACGACAUUCAUGCGAUGCAUGAUGGGGGCUGAGGACUCGAUCACGUUCUGCGAGCCAAUGCGAUUUCCAUGGUACUAUGGAACAGAAGCGAGAACCAGAAGAAAGCUGGAGAUACCAGCUGAUCUUCCAGAAGAUGGAAGCACUUUUGAGUUGGUGAAGAAGAAAUAUGAAGCACCGUAUGAAGGAAAAAGACUUGUAUUUGGGAAAGAAAUGGCAUAUUAUGUAUAUCCGGAGGAACACUUGAAACAGAUACCAGAUGGGUAUCGACAUUCGUUCCUUAUCAGACAUCCCUUCAAGACUAUGACAUCAAUGCUUAAGGUCAUGAGCAACCAAGAGGACCCAGGUUUCAAAACAAUUCAGCCAGAAGAAGGAAGGUUCGAACACAUCUGGAAGCUAUACCAGCAUGUCAUUGAGCAAAUCGAUCCACAAGCUAUCAUAAUAGACGCUGAUGAUUUCAUCCGAGAUCCAGAAGCAAUAUUGAAAAAAUAUUGCAGUCAUUAUGGACUAGAAUUCUGCGAUAGUAUGCUAAACUGGGAAGGCGAUAACUUCAACGAGGAAAUAGAAUGUUGGGGAACUGUAUGGUUUGGAGACUUAAUGUCAACCAAGACUAUUAGAAAAGAUCCAGAUGUUGCGGAUAUGUUGUCAGAACCACCUGAUAUGUCACACUUUUCAGAAGAUAUUCGAAAGAUUGUGGAAGAAGACUUGAUUUACUACAAAAAGUUACACGAACUAAGGCUUCAACUGAAGCUUUAAGCCCAUGGUAUAGUAACUUAAUUAAUGCAACGAGGUUUUAUGACCAAUGAAAAACUCGAAUAUUAUACAAUUAUAACUGUCACAAGAUGUUCUUGCUGAAAAAAAUAUUAUAAAAAUUUUAAGAACGA